AUGGGCGACGCGAGUGGUGGCAGGGAGGGUGCAAGGAACAGCGUUGGUAGCAGCAGUGCAAGCAUAACAGUGGCACAACACUUGCGAUACCUCCAACAACAUCCAUCGUCGCCGAGCAACAAAGAUGCGGUCUUGCAUGCCAUUCAAGGGUUGGAAAGCACUGCCAAGGAGCAAGGGCUGGACAAUGACCACCUCAUGGAUAUGGUGGCAAUCAUCACAUCAGGCACACACUAUGUCGGGCUCACGCGCCGGCUCAUUCGAGCCAUGAUCCCGAAGAAGCAGGUGGAGUCACGGGUGGUUGUGCGCCUCGUCUCCCGCUUCAGCCACCCGCUCCUGCCACGCAGCCUCCAGCCCAUGCUACUACAAUGGCUGUUGGCGGUGUAUGAGCUGGUGGACGACCAGCGCCCACUCCAUAAGCUGUAUGGCGUCCUCUUCUACUGGCUCGACUACGCCUCCUUGCUGCCACACCUCUGCCAUCUCCUGUAUCGCCUCACAGAGAAGAAGGACGUGCAACCAUUCCGGAUUCGUCGCCUCAUGCGGCUGCAACAACAUUUGGGCCCGGAGCCGUGCCUGACUGCGCUGCUGUCGUGCUACAAGCUCUUCCAGCCCGCCAUGGUCACGCUCGUCGUGCGCCAAACGUCGCGAAAGCGGUGGUUCCCUGCGCUCGACAAAGAGAUGGUGAACGACAUUGCGCGCGUGCAGCGACGCAACAGCACCGGUGUUCAUGACAUUCACGCAGACGACGCUGUCGACGUGUCCACGUUGCUGGCGCGGCGCCGUCACGCUGUGCCGCAGCUCAAGGCCGCAAUGGACAUUUUCCACCAGCGCCACUUGUCUGACGGGCACGAUCCCACACGACGUCUGCGCGCUGUUGCCGCUGGUGAAUCCGAACACAUUCUCAGGCGCGCGGCUGCUGCUGAUGUUGCACCCCAUAUUGGCAGACUGGCGCUCCCGGCGCAAGUUGCUGCUGUGCUGACGACGCGAAACCUGCAGCACGUGCUGUCUGCUUCGUCGUCCCCUGAACUCAUUCAGCGGCUCUCGUAUUGGCUCUUUGCCCAGUUUGCAGACGGGGAGAAGCACAUGCUGAAGUAUUCGCGAUACUUUGAUCAACUGUUGACCGCGACGGCCGAGUUUGCAGCCUUUCUGCAGGAGACGCCGCCUGCUGUUGAGGAUUUUCUCGAGCGGGCGCUGCUGCAGUGGAACGGCGACCACUACCAAUCUUCCAUCCUCACCCUCAUCGCAACAGCCGUGCCCCGUCCAUACGAAGAUCUGUACCCCGCGUUUCUGCAACCGUUGUCGUCCAUCGCCAUGUUUGCGCCCGUUUCGCUCCUAUGCCGCCUGCUUGACUGCUAUCGCGCUGUGACAGAGACAUACACGCGCUUCCCCUGGGCAAACGCGAGCACCGCACACAAGCGGAGGUUUGUUUUCCACGAACCUCCGCCCGCUGGGGACCACCACGCGACCAUUGAGCAGCUGCUCGCGUUUGUCGAUGCACAGUGCGAGCUGGCGUUGCAGCGGUGGCCCGGAAACGAAGUGCUGGAGCACCACGUCUUUGCCAUUUACGAAAGCCUCGGACACGCGUGCCGCGUGCGAGGCCUGCCCAUCGUGUGCAUCCCACCGCCGGGCGUUGUCUUUGAUCUCCUCUCGUCCUCGUCCGCCUUUGCGCUCUCCCGUGUUGGCGGCAUUCUUGCAACCACGAGGGAUGACUACAAGCACCAUUGCGACGAGGUCAAGCCACAGCUCGACACGCCACCACCGAUCCCCCACCUCGACCUCUUCAACUGCUACAUCAUCGACAUUAUCAACAUGGUCUGGCGCAGCAGCGUGUUUGGAAAGUCAAGAGACACAACCAUCCUCUUCGACGAUAUCCAGGAGGGUGAGCGGCAGUCGCUGAGUCACACGUCGUCACCGAAGAAACGCGCGCACAUUCGCCAGCGCUUUCGAUCGCGCAUCGAGACGUGCAUUCACGCAAAUCUUGCGCUACAAGCUCCGACCGUCCACGCGCUCUCCCUCGCCUACAGCACGUGGUGUGCUGGAUACUCGCACGCGUUUCUUGAGAGCGACAGCACGCCGGCACACAAGCUCAACCCUACAACAGCACAGGAGCGAAAGAUUGAACUGUGGCAAUUUCUUCGCGACAAGUGCGCGCUGGAUGGGCUUGCGCGGUUCCUGAUUUCGUCCAUUCCCAGAUUGAAAUCAAGGGAAUGA